UUUUUGUCUAAUCUCUCCCCACUUGCUCCCUAACACCCCACUGGCACAUUAAUUAACUAGUCACUUAAAUAUAAAUAGAAAUAAUGUACCAUUAGUUUAUAUAAAAAUUUAUAGUUUAAUUCCUUUGACAACGGUUUUCUUUUCAGAUAUUUGAUACUUCGGUAUUUCUUUAUAUUCGUAACUGUUACAUUUCAUAAAUAAAUAUCGUUUACAUACGCACUUAAUUAAAUUAUAGUCAAAUAACAAUAAUAACAAUAAUAACAACAAACAUUAUAUAAAUCUUCACUAUGCAAGAUAAUACGAAUAAUAACUCAAAUUCUAAUGAUAGUAUAGGGCCAAAUGAUGAGAUCCCCACGAUCCUAGAUAAUCAUACCAAUAAUAACAUAAAUCAUUCUAAUAAUAAUAAUAAUCCUAAUAUAGGACUAAGUACGUUUCCUACCAUCCAUAAAAAUAUAUCUACAUCAAAUAUAAUUUUAAAUGGUCCUGGAAUUAAUCAACACCCUCAUGGAAGGAGGAAUACUACAUUAUCAUUACACCCAUCUGUAGUAUCAUCAGUCAUUCCAGUCACUAUUAAACCAUCAGUAAACAGAACCAGAUCAGUAUCAUCAUCACUAUUUCCAUCUAUAUCAGCUCAAAAUCAACCACAAAAUGAUAUGGAAUUAUCGAAUAUACCAGAUACAUCUAGAAAUCAUUCUAAUUCUAUUAAUUCAAUAGCAUCUGUAGAAUCAACUAAUUCCGUCACAUUAAACAAUAUCAUUAAACAAGAUGCAAAUCCUUAUUAUAAACAUUUCCGUCCUUCAAUAUAUAAUAAGUAUGGUAAAGUCAAACUUAUUGAUGAUAUUGAUAUUGAAAAGCAAUUAAUUAUAAGUGCAGGAGGUAAAAGAGAAUAUUUAAUGGGAUUUAUACUUAAACUUCUUUUCUUAACAUUGAUUGUUAUAGGAUCUGCAGUAUUAAUCUUUUAUGCUCUAUAAACUUAUAAUUAUGAUAUGGAUACGGUAGUAUGGUAGUGGUUGGUUGUUUUAUUUUAUUAUAUUAUAUUAUAUUAUAUUUUAUUUUAUUUCCUUUGUUUUCAUUUUUAGUAGAUACAUUGAUUGAUAGACUCCUUUUGUUAGGUUCCCAGUAUUUGUAGAUGUUAUAUAGAGUCCUAUAUACAUUAUGGCUUGUAGUAGUUUGAUUUUAUCGCAGUAGAUUUUGUAUUAGAAAAUAUGUGA